UAUCCAACGUAUCGCGAGAUCUGGUAGUUGUUCUUCGUUUGAUUUCCUUUUAAGGAGACAAUUGAAAUUCUUGCAAUACUUAAAGAAAACAGUAGCUCACCUCAUUCUAAACUAAUUUUAAUGGUCAACUGAAGCGUUUAAAUUUAUAUAGUGAACAAAUAAAACCAAACCACACAAGAGCUAAGAUUCGUUGCUUCGUCAACGUCAGCACGUCAAGGCGUCAACCGUCGUCACGUUGUACGUCACCUGAGUGAGUGUUUUGAAAGGGAUGGUUUCCUAUGAAGCUACUGGGAUUAUAGCGGAAACAGAAGAAAAAUAGAUAAUGAACGGUGAAAGAUCCAGACCAGACUCUCCCCUGUUCGGGUGAUGGCAGCACGUCUGCAGUCAUAUGACAGUAACUCUAGUGACACGGAAAACUGGGAACGCAUAACACCGAACCGACCUCGCAAACUCUGCAAGCAUUCGAGCAGCAGUCAGGCCAGAGCUUCUCGAGUGGAGGCAGAACUGAGGAACAUGAGCUUGCAUGGUGCCAGUGGGGGUUGCGACCGCUCACGUGACCGCCGUCGUUCCAGCGAUCGCUCUAGGGACUCCUCACAUGAGAGGGAAGGGCAACUAACCCCCUGCAUUCGAAAUGUCACCUCACCCACCCGCCAACACAACAGUGAUCGAGAUGGUCCUUCAUCAAGGCCCAGUAGCCCCAGGCCUCAGAGAGUCUCACCCAGUGGUUCCAGCAGCAGUGGAGUUGUGAGCAGUCGCAACAGUAGCUUGUCCAGUACUGACGGCACCUUCAAAAGUUUGGGAGCUGGAGAAAUGGUUUUCGUCUAUGACAAUCCUAAGGAGGGAGGCGCAAAUGCCCCCAUUGGAAACCGAAACAUGAGAACCUCAGAGAGAGUCACUCUGAUUGUCGACAACACACGCUUUGUAGUAGACCCGUCCAUCUUCACUGCACAACCCAACACCAUGUUGGGCAGGAUGUUUGGCUCUGGAAGGGAACAUAACUUUACAAGGCCCAACGAGAAGGGAGAGUACGAGGUGGCCGAGGGCAUCAGCUCAACAGUUUUCCGAGCGAUUUUGGAUUACUACAAAUCUGGGAUAAUCCGUUGUCCAGAUGGAAUCUCCAUCCCUGAGUUGCGGGAGGCGUGUGACUAUCUAUGCAUCUCCUUCGACUAUAGCACCAUCAAAUGCAGAGACCUUAGUGCCCUGAUGCAUGAGCUGUCCAAUGAUGGCGCUCGACAUCAGUUUGAAUUUUACCUCGAGGAAAUGGUUCUGCCCUUAAUGGUGACCAGUGCUCAGAGUGGAGAGAGGGAAUGUCACAUUGUAGUUCUGACAGAUGAUGAUGUGGUGGACUGGGACGAAGAGUAUCCACCACAAAUGGGCGAGGAGUAUUCACAGAUUAUUUACAGCACAAAACUGUACAGAUUUUUCAAGUAUAUCGAGAACCGAGACGUUGCCAAAUCAGUUUUAAAGGAGAGGGGGCUAAAGAAAAUAAGGCUGGGUAUUGAAGGUUACCCCACUUAUAAGGAGAAAGUGAAGAAGCGCCCAGGGGGUCGGCCCGAGGUGAUCUACAACUAUGUGCAGAGGCCCUUCAUCCGCAUGUCCUGGGAAAAGGAAGAGGGCAAAAGCCGACAUGUGGACUUUCAAUGUGUAAAGUCCAAGUCCAUCACCAACCUGGCUGCAGCAGCUGCAGAUAUCCCCCAGGACCAGCUGGUUGUGAUGCACCCUGGCCCACAGGUGGAUGAACUGGACAUCCUACCCAAUCACCCACCCAGUGGGAAUCACUACAGCAACAACUACAGCAACGAGCCUGAUCCUGAUGCACCUUCACCUGCUGUCUGAGGACUCUGCUCCUCUCUCAAUGCCUCUGCCCCUCUCUUACUCCUCUAGUCCUUUUCCCAGCAUGCUGCAGCAUGGAGUUCCUGGGGCACCAUAACCAUAUUGCCUUGACACCUACUUUGCAGCCUUAGAGCCUCAAAGAACCAGGAAGACUGUAGAAAAAGAAACAUGAGGAAACUGAGACUGGUACAUGAAAGAGUUCACUGUUGUUUUCAUUUUUUUACUUGACCAAAGGAAUUUAUUUUUGUUUGGAAACAAAUCUGUAAAAACACUUAGUAUUAAUAUUAUUAUUUACAUUGUUCUUGUACAUUACUUUGAUGGGUUUGGCUGAACACUUGUGGUGUCAUUGUUUCUUCUCGGUUUUGUUUCACACGUAAUUUUUGGAGUGACCUCCUCAAUGUGCUUUGAAGGGAAGACUUGUGAAAGGAGAAAAAUCAAUCCAACUGGUCAUGGGGAAAAAAAAUCAGACAUUACCAUUUAGUGUCAUGAUCUCCAGCUGAACUCCUCACAGAUGUCUUCAAAAUCCUAGCCAUGGGAAAUGUAGUCAUUGGCUGGAUUUGAUGUGAUGUUACGCUCCUGCAGCCAAGAUAUUCAGCAGAGCACAGGCUGUUGUGGUCAGUUUGCUUGUGCUGAGCUUGAAUUUGUUGUUUAAAACUGACAUGAAAUCAUGAAAUAAAGGUGAAAUAUAAACUUUCA